AUGCUAGAUGGAUACCCUGUCGCCAAGCAAGACUUCGAGGAUGCCAUACAACCAGUUAGGGAGGCCAUAGAUGUCUGGCACGAGAUCUUUGCGAAGAUGGGAGCAAAAUCGGUGCCAAUUGCAGAAGCAGAUCUUGUCUCUGCUUUUGGCAAUCCCAUCAGCCCCUUCCUUGGUCUACCGGCAGACUCCACGACGUGGGUAGACUUUUUGAGAAGGUUGAUUGGACUGGAGGGAUGGGAUCUCAUUCAAAAAGUCACGAGUAUCCAGGUUUAUGGGGUUGGGAAAUUGGGGCUGCUGUCAAAGACUGAUCUUGAUGAGGCACUCCUCGUGGUCAAGAAUCAUGCCCACUUCCGAUACCUCAUGUGGGCAGAAAAGCUCAUCAAGGCCUACGAGGGCGAUGAAUCUAACCUUAUGAACAUAGGGCGUCGACGCAAGGUCGAUGAAAUGCCCCCCAACGCCGAGUUUGAGAAGGACAAGUCCCACAAUGACGACCGCGAGAAUGAGGAUGCCGCCACCUUUGAAGCAAGUCUCUGGGAACCCGUCGGGGUUCCUGACGAUUAUGUGGAUCUCUCAUGGUCGAACUUCGAAUUGAUGAGCGAUUCUCAAUAUCAGGAGUAUCUUCGCAUCGUGGCCGAGCAGUCAAAGGAGAGCGAGAGCGAACCCACCGCUUCACAGAGCAAUCCACAGAAUGACGAGGCCGAUGACGAGAUGAUUAUCGAUGAGGAGACACUGAACGAUAUGUCUUCAGGUUGGAUCGGGCACAUGCCCAUCGCCAGAGGUCUUGACGAGGUGGAAGAUGAGGAGGAGGACGGUAACGAGGAGGCAAGUUGGUUCAUAGAGUGA